AAGUGGUUAGAGUCAUAUAGAUAGAGAGUACCAUAGCAUAUAUGGACCUGAAUAGACUUAUCCUUACAUCUACCACUGCAUUAGUCUUGCAAUCUCCUCCACCCAAUCUAUAAUCCAAAAUCCAACUCAAAACACACCCCACAGCCAGUCCUGUUAAACUUUUUUUUGGUUUUUUUGUGUUUUUUUUUGCUAAAAUAUCCUUACCAUCUCAUAAAAAAUUCACCUUUUUCUCUUGUAUAUCAUCUUCUUCUUUGGUUUAUUUUCUUCAAUAUUCCAACCAUGGCAGCUGCAGUAACUGCUGCUGUUUCGUUUCCAUCUUCCAAGUCCACCUCACUUCCCUCCAGGACUUCCAUUAUAUCACCUGACAGAAUCACUUUGAAAAAGGCUCCUUUCUACAGAGACGCAUCGGCUGUUGGUGCCAGAGUUGUUUCAGUCAGAGCCCAGGUGACCACUGAGGCCCCUGCUAAGGUUGAGAAAGUAUCAAAGAAAGAUGAGGAAGGUGUUGUUGUAAACAAGUUCAAACCCAAAAAUCCUUACACUGGUAGAUGUCUUCUCAACACCAAGAUCACCGGUGAUGAUGCCCCUGGAGAGACUUGGCAUAUGGUUUUCAGCACUGAGGGUGAGGUCCCUUACAGAGAAGGACAAUCAAUUGGAGUGAUUGCAGAUGGUGAAGACAAGAAUGGAAAACCCCACAAGCUGAGGUUAUACUCAAUUGCCAGCAGUGCUAUUGGUGACUUUGGAGACUCAAAAACUGUUUCUCUCUGUGUGAAAAGGCUCGUGUACACAAAUGAUAAGGGAGAACUUGUUAAGGGAGUUUGUUCCAACUUUUUAUGUGACUUGAAGCCUGGUGCUGAAGUAAAGAUUACUGGACCUGUUGGGAAAGAAAUGCUUAUGCCUAAAGAUCCUAAUGCCACCAUCGUCAUGCUUGCAACUGGGACUGGAAUUGCGCCAUUCCGAUCAUUCUUGUGGAAGAUGUUCUUUGAGAAGCAUGAAGACUAUGAGUUCAAUGGUUUGGCAUGGCUUUUCUUGGGUGUCCCCACAAGCAGCUCACUUCUAUACAAGGAGGAAUUUGAGAAAAUGAAAGAGAAGGCUCCAGAGAAUUUCAGGCUCGAUUUCGCGGUCAGCAGAGAGCAGACAAAUGAGAAGGGAGAGAAGAUGUACAUUCAAACCAGAAUGGCUCAAUAUGCAGAAGAGUUGUGGCAAUUACUACAGAAAGACAACACUUAUGUCUACAUGUGUGGACUCAAGGGAAUGGAGAAGGGUAUUGAUGACAUAAUGGUCUCAUUGGCUGCUAGAGAUGGCAUUGAUUGGAUUGACUACAAGAAGAAGCUGAAGAAGGCAGAGCAAUGGAAUGUGGAAGUCUACUAAUUCCUGAUACCUUUGUACAAAUAUCUCCCUUUCUUCUUAUUUUCUUCAAAGGGUUUCAGUUUCCACUGCAUUGGUGUAGAUAGGUAAUGCCCUUGUAAUUGGUCUGUUUUCUUUUUUGUCUUUUUUUCUUCUUCUUCUUCUUAAUUUACAAUGAUGCAGCUGUAUUGUUAUGGCCUCAAUCUGAAUUUUCUUUCUGAGGAACCAUGGGAGAGUACACUAUAUAAAAAGCCAAUUUCUACAUCUUCAA